AUGAUGCCCAUGGCUGGGAGCUGGUAUCCUCACAUGGUGGAUGGGGAGACAGUCUUGGACAGGUAAAGUGACUUCCAAAGGCCAUACAACUUAGAACAGGCCAAGCCAGAAUCCCACUCAGACUCUGGCCCCAGCGCAUGUGUGUGCCUCCCAUAAGCAGCUAGGAAUGACACACACAGUGGGAAGGCUCCUGAGUCCAAUUUAGGGCUGGCAGCGGGACUGGCAGGUGCCCUUGCAGCCACACAAAGGCAUUGUGAGCCUCCUCACUAUGCUGGGACAAGCCCUUAGCUCAGGGAGACCUCUUCCUGGCAGGUAUUUGGCUUUGACUUCUCCAAACUUUGGACCUGCCUGAGGAGGGCCCAUGCCCAUGCCCAGGACUGAGGGCACCUGGGCUGAAAGCCAAAGUACAGCCCUGGGACCGCAGGUGUCCUUUCCUUUCAGCCCUUGGGGCCUCUGCUGUCUGUGGGCAGGGGUCAGUGGUGGAGUUGGAGCAGGCCUGUAACUCCCUUUUGUCCUGGUCAUGGGUGUGUCCUGAGGGGAAAGGGGGAAGCUGAGCCCCAGCCUCAGCCUGCAUCAAAUUAACUCCAUGCUUCCUGGGAGCCAAGUGGUAUGUCUCUUCCAAAUAGGGAUCUUCUGAAUAGAAUUCUUGAGUCUAGGAGAUUCUGGCACCUUAUGGGUAAAAAGGAAAAACGCCCCCUGCAAAUGUUGGAAGCUCCAUUGGGACUGGCCCUCCUGCCUGUGCUACUGAAUGCCUGGCAAGUGCUCUGCCUCCUGGGGCAGAGGAACGCUCCCACCUCUCUCUGGGCUAAGGGAGUGAGACUCAGAGCCAUUGUGCCCCCAGACAUGCUUAGUCACGUUGGCAUCUACAUGGUCACACAGCCAUAUGUCCACACCCAGCCAAUGCUACACCGUCACUUCAUUCCAUGCACUUCCACAAUCACAGUCACCCUGGAACCUACAUGCCCAUAACUGCAUGACGACACCCCUCCCACACCCCUACUCCAGCACCAUACACCGUCAAACCCACCCUCAUUCGGGGACAAGGCCAGCACCAGGUCACCCCCAAACCCAGGCACGCCAAAUCCUGGAGUUGCACACACAGUCAAUCCCACUCUUAUGCCCCCUUUCUUUACCUCUCUCCCAGGGCUAGUCCAAGAGUGGAACAAAAGCCCAGCAUCCCCCUCCCCACUCGCUUCUCCCUUCCCCUCCCUCCUCCUUCCUCCUGGCGUCCAGCCCCUUUGUCCUCCCGCAGCUGAGCCUGAGCAGGAGUCAGGCACAGCGGCAGGAACACUGGAGCCUGGGCUGCCAGGGGUGUGGGCGGCAGGCACAGACGGGAGUGAUACCUGAGAGCAGCAGCUGCAGAGCACUUGUGAGGGCGUGGCCAGGUAAGCGCCAGUGUGAGGGGCAAGGCUUAGGCUGCAGGGCUGCCAGCUGCGGGGUGUCUGCAAGUCCGAGUGUGGGUUUGUGUGAGUGGAUGUGGGUGUCAGAAAAAGACAGUGAUAGUGGCAUGUUCGAGUUAACUUCUACAGCCUGGGCCCUCAGUCUUCGUCAUGACCCCUGGCUUGAAGUGCCUAGAUUCAGCCUAGAAGGGAGGAUACCCAUUGAGCCCUACCUGGGAAUUUUUACCUUCCAUGUUCCAACUGGGUGUCCUUCAGCCCCCACACACUGGGGAUCCCCAGAGUGAAUGCUGGAUCUGACGACCCUGUGUGUCCAGAGCGCCCAGUGCAGUAGAUAGUAAAAUGAAAAAAUAGUGACACACUUCUAGGAGGGGACUCUCCCUCCCCAGGGAACUGCUUGUGCUAUGGGACACCUUGGGAAGAAGUCCAUCCUUAUGCUGAUGAGACUUGUCCUCUUGGGUCUCAACUCAGAGUGUAGUUGCUUUCUGGGCCAGUGGAGGACAGACUGGUUGCAGCAUAACCAGUCCUGGCUGCUCCUCUGGACAUACCCCAUCCUGGCAAGUGUGACAUGCAAACCCUGGAGCCAGGUGCAUUCAGGAUCCAGCCUCUCCACUUGGGCAAAAGUAGUUAACUUUCGCUGGGCACAGUGGCUCACACUUACAAUCCUAGCACUUUGGGAGGCUGAGGUGGGUGAAUCACCUGAGGUCAGGAGUUCAAGACCAGCCUGGCCAUCAUGGUGAAACCCCAUCUUUAAAAAAAAAAAAAAAAAGUAGUUAACUUUCUUGCCCACCAGGGAACUCAUUUCUCAUGAUGCUGGCCAGCAGAUCCGCUGCCCAGGAUGACCAGGGCAUGAAAGCCAGACUGACACUGGCCAGGAUGUGACCUCCAGAGACAGCAGAACAGCUGGGAGCAGGAGGAUGGAAGGAGAGGCAGGGCGUAGAGGCUAGACCUGAGGCUUCUAGAGUAAGCUGACAGAUAGGAGGGAGCUCCCUGUCCCUGGAGGCGUGCAAGCAGAGGUGCGUGUUCAUAAUGGCCAAAUCGUAACCAGCAUGGCCCAGCCCCUCAGUCUGCAGAGUGUCUUCACAACACCCUCCACUGAGCCUGGCUGCAAACCUCUGAAGGGCAGGUGUCCUGUGUGUGCUUGUUUCCCUUAUGACAAAACUAAAGGGACAGGGGUGGGCUAAAGAAAAUUCUCAGGGUUGUGAGGAUGAAAUUAAAUCCUGUCUAUAAAAGCAACUGGCACACAAAGUGCCCUCCCUUCCUCUUGAGUAAAAACAAUGUAGGGAAACACUCACGUAGCUCAUACUAUGUGCUAGCACUUUUCAUACAGUCCCUAAUCGUCAUGAAGCCACAGCCCUGUGAGGUAGGCAUUAUGAUCCCAUUUCAGAUGAGAUAACUGAGGCCAGGGCGGGCAGGUGAGAGGAGUGACUUGCCUUGGCCACACCUGAGCCAGUGGCAGGGACAGGGUUAGAAUCCCCAUUUGUCCCUAGAGUUCUUUCCAAUUCCUGACGCUGCUACCUGGAGAACACCAAGAGAACUCACCAGACACAGGGCCAGCUUCCCUCAGCCUGGGCUCUAACCCGCUCUCCUUUCAGAAUUCGCCCAUCCUUCUCAGCUGGAAGGGACACCCUCCUGACUCCCCUCCACCCGGGUUCAGCGCCCCUUCUUAUGAACUCCCCUAACACUCGGUGCCUGCCUGAGGCAAUCCCACCAGGCUGAGAGCUCUGGGCACACCCAAACUAUGGUUGUCUUUCUCACUGCCUGACACAGAAAAGGCUCUCAAUAAAUACUUGUUGAAACCGUUUGUGCGAAUGCUGUGUGUAUGAAUUCUGUCUGUCGAGGGAACUGGCUCAGGGUGUGGUCAGUGCCAAGCACCUACCAGAGAUCCGCAGGCGACAGGCUGGACUGAGCAGAGGAUUGUGGAGUUACUGUACCCUCUCUCCCCUGCACGCGCACACACACUGGGUCUCUAUGGGGCAGAGUCCCUCGACCCAGGGCUUCAGCUUGUCACCGGAUCCUCCUUACACAGAUGUAUUUCCAAUUUCCAGUAACCUCCCUGCCCUCCCGAUUCAGACCCCGGGGCGGCCAAGGCGCCCUGCUGUUAACAGCCUGCCGCACCCCCCUACCCCUGCUGGAGACCCUAACGCCGCCUCCGCGUUGGAAAUCGUUCCUUUGUUAGACCCUCCUCCGAUUACCCUAUUUGAAAGCGCGCCAUCUGUCUCCCGCAGAUAUCGAUAGGAAAACGCUUAGCGAGUUUGAAGAACCGAAAAGGGCACUGUGUCUGAGUGGGUACGCAGGGCAGAAUGUCGUGCUGGUGAGGCGGGGCUGGGUCACUGUAGUCAUAAGGAACCUGGACGGUGGACGGAGGGGAGAGUCGCUGAACGAAUGGUCACGGGAGGAAAUAAACGGAUGAGGGCGGUUCCCUCUCCCGGGCGCAGCCAGGUGGCUUCCCCGACGUUGUUUGUGUUCUCUCCUCGGCAGGAUGCGGGAAGCCCCUGGGCCGGAGGAGUCGGAGCCAGGCUGCGAGGCGCCGUGUGCGGGCCCGUGCCACGCGCAGCGCGUGCUGCAGACCCUCAACGCGUACCGGCGGAGCGGCACCCUCACCGACGUUGUGCUGCGCGCCGGGGGCCGCGACUUCCCUUGCCACCGCGCAGCGCUCAGCGCGGGCAGCGCCUACUUCCGCAGCUUGUUCGCGGCCGGGCGACCCGAGCGCGUCCCGGCCGUGGUACCCAUGGUGCCCGACGCGCCGGGCUCAGGCCCGGCCGGGGCGGCGGCGGCACUGGCUGUGGUGCUCGACUACGUGUACGGCGCGGGCGUGCGGCUGCGCGCGGAGGACGAGGCGGCGGCCGUGCUGGCGCUGGCGGAGCGGCUGGGCUUGGCUGGCCUGCGCGAGGCCUGCGUGCGCUUUCUCGAGGGCCGCCUACGCGCCGCCAACAGUCUGGCGCUACGCCGCGUGGCCGCCGCCUUCUCGCUGACCCCGCUGGCCGAGCGCUGCGGCCGGGUCCUGCGCCAGGCCUUCGCCGAGGUGGCGCGCCACGCCGACUUCCUGGAGCUGGCGCCCGACGAGGUGGCGGCGCUGCUGGCGGACCCCGGGCUGGGCGUGGCGCGCGAGGAGGCCGUGUUCGAGGCAGCCAUGCGCUGGGUGCGCCACGACGCGCCGGCCCGCCGCGGGCAGCUGCGACGCCUGCUGGAGCACGUGCGCCUGCCGCUGCUGGCGCCCGCCUACUUCCUGGAGAAGGUGGAGACCGACGAGCUGCUGCAGGCCUGCGGCGAGUGCCGUCCGCUGCUGCUCGAGGCCCGCGCCUGCUUCAUCUUGGGCCGCGAGGCUGGCGCGCUGCGGACCCGGCCGCGGAGGCACUGGGCUUAUCCGCACGCCAGAUUCAUGGACCUAGCUGAAGUGAUCGUGGUCAUCGGUGGUUGCGACCGCAAAGGUCUCCUGAAGCUGCCCUUCGCCGAUGCCUACCACCCAGAGAGCCAGCGGUGGACCCCACUGCCCAGCCUGCCCGGCUACACUCGCUCAGAAUUUGCCGCCUGUGCUCUCCGCAAUGACGUCUACGUCUCCGGAGGCCACAUCAACAGUCACGAUGUGUGGACGUUUAGCUCCCAUCUGCACACCUGGAUCAAGGUAGCCUCUCUGCACAAGGGCAGGUGGCGGCACAAGAUGGCAGUUGUGCAGGGGCAGCUGUUCGCGGUGGGUGGCUUCGAUGGCCUGAGGCGCCUGCGCAGCGUGGAGCGCUACGACCCCUUCUCCAACACCUGGGCGGCUGCCGCGCCCCUCCCAGAGGCCGUGAGCUCGGCCGCGGUGGCGUCCUGCGCGGGCCAGCUCUUCGUGAUUGGGGGUGCCGGGCAGGAUGGCGUCAACACGGACAAGGUGCAGUGCUUUGACCCCAAGGAAGACCAGUGGAGCCUGCGGUCACCAGCACCCUUCUCACAGCGGUGUCUCGAGGCUGUCUCCCUGGACGACACCAUCUAUGUCCUGGGGGGUCUCAUGAGCAAAAUCUUCACCUAUGAUCCAGGCACAGAUGUGUGGGGGGAGGCAGCUGUCCUCCCCAGCCCUGUGGAGAGCUGUGGAGUCACUGUGUGUGAUGGGAAGGUCCACAUCCUUGGUGGGCGGGAUGAUCAUGGAGAAAGCACCGAUAAGGUCUUCACCUUUGACCCCAGCAGUGGGCAGGUGGAGGCGCAGCCGUCCCUGCAGCGCUGCACCAGCUCCCAUGGCUGUGUCACCAUCGUCCAGAACCUGGACAGGUGACUCAGACUUGGACAGCCUGAGCCAGGAGGCAGACAGGCAAGCGGAGCUCAGAUGUACACUCUUCUCCCUCGUGGCACCUCCACACAAAGAGCCCUUAACUUAAUGGUCCCUUUUCUUGCAAAAAUAAAACCUUGUUCAGCCUGUCCAA